AUGACUGGAAGAGGAGGAGGUGGUGGUCGCCGGGUUCUGCUCCCACCAAUCAACUUUCUUUUCAAACUCCUGCAGCAGAGAACACCAGUCCAAAUCUGGCUCUACGAGCAGCUCUCGAUCCGCAUCAUUGGCAUUAUCCGUGGCUUCGACGAAUUCAUGAACCUGGUUAUCGACGAUGCCGUGGAGGUCAAACAAAUCUCCAAGACGAACGACACAGAAACGAGAAGAAAUUUGGGGCAAAUUCUCCUCAAGGGCGACAAUGUGUCCCUCAUCCAGAGCUAUUCAGGGUGA